AGUCACACCCACUAAAGGAGGUGUGGCCGUGGCUAACAGCAGCAACCCAAUGAGCAGCAUGAGCAGUGACAGGAGCAAGUCUUAUUACAACAGGAGGAGAGGAACCAGUCCGUUGGUCAGCACUGGAGUCAGAAGUAGACUGGAGUAUAACUCACCUCCUCAGCAACUCUUACGAGCUGGUUCUUUUAGGGGCCAUACUCCAGUUACCAAUAGGUCUCCAUUGUCUCUUGUUAAUUACCACAUGUCAAGACAAGAUCCUUCCUUCAUUGACAGUUCCUCAAUGGCUGAGCCUAACCUCAAUAAGGAAUCAAUGGUCAUGUCUUCCCUGGCUCGCUCUACGGUUCGUUCCUUUAGAGACAAGAGGACCAGUAUUGUUGAAUUGGCAUUGAAAGGACAAAGAGGAGGAGGAGGAGGAGGAGGUCAUUCCCACUACAGCACAGCAACAAGACUAAUCAACCAGUCAAGGAUACAAGAGACUCCACGAGUAGUUCCUGACACCACUUCACAUGAAAAAGUUGAAAUUGAAAGUGAAAGUGUCUGCUCUACACAAUCUGUUGUGGCAGCUCUUAAGUCAAAGAGGAAGAGAUGGUGGACAAUGGAUCAUGAUUAUGUUCAGGCAUCACAAUUAGUACCUAAGCGACAAAAGGUGGAUUAUAAAGGUUUGACCACACCCCCUGUGAUUCCAUCCAGUGACCAAUUGCCAUCGUCCAGCCCACUGGCUAAGAAGAGACCUCCUGUCCAACCAGCCACUAGCAGCAGCAAAAGGAAUACCUCAAAGAUAUUACUCCCUGACCUUGAAUUUGAUCUAGUUCCUUCAGUGGAAACUACUCUAUUUAAUGCCCACCCAGAGGAGGAGGAUGUAGUGAAGGAUAAAGAAGUGAUAGACAUAAAAUUAAAACGAGAAGCCACAGUUAAAUUACAAGAUACAUUUUUGACAGCAGUGUACCCCUCACCUUCAAGAGAUCAGUCAGUAGUUAGGAAGGAGUGUCCCAUUCUCUGUGGCACUGGAUAUGUUCCUAAUAUAACUUUGUUUUCUGAUGAUUCUAUAACCAAAGACUCAAUACUUAAAGACAGGGAGGAUUCUGAUGAAAGAAUAAGAACAUUAUUAACGUCCAAUGAUGAGCCAAGUGAAUCCACAGUUGACCUCCCUUCCAGCAGGGCCAGCAGUGUUACACACUCGACUAGUAACUCCAAUGUACUGACAACCACACAACCUGUUAACACUACUGCCUCAAAUACCAGCACUACAAUACUUCCAAAAAUAACACAGCAACAAAGUAAUACUCUGGUAGAUUUUUCAGUAAAGGAAGCUUCCAAUAACUCAACUAAAACAACUGAAACACAAUCCGGCCUGCAGUUAACAGGAACCAAUCAAUCCGGCCUGCAGUUAACAGGAACCAAUCAAUCCGGCCUGCAGUUAACAGGAACCAAUCAAUCCGGCCUGCAGUUGACAGGAACUAAUCAAUCCGGCCUGCAGUUGACAGGAACCAAUCAAUCCGGCCUACAGUUAACAGGAACCAAUCAAUCUGGUCUGCAGUUAACUAGAACCAAUCAAUCUGGUGUACCGUUAACUAGAACUAAUCAAUCUGGCCUGCAAUUAACUGGAACCAAUCAAUCUGGCCUGAAGUUAACAGGAACCAAUCAAUCUGGCAUACAGUUAUCUGGAACCAAUCAAUCCGGCCUGCAAUUAACUGGAACCAAUCAAUCCGGCCUGCAAUUAACUGGAACCAAUCAAUCUGGUGUACCAUUUACUGGAACCAAUCAAUCCGGCCUGCAAUUAACAGGAACCAAUCAAUCCGGCCUGCAAUUUGCAGGAACCAAUCAAUCUGGCCUGCAGUUAACUGGAACCAAUCAAUCUGGUGUACCAUUGACUGGAACCAAUCAAACUGGCCUGCAGUUAACUGGAACCAAUCAAUUUGGCCUGCAGUUAACAGGAACCAAUCAAUCUGGUGUACCAUUUACUGGAACCAAUCAAUCCGGCCUGCAAUUAACAGGAACCAAUCAAUCCGGCCUGCAAUUAACAGGAACCAAUCAACCUGGCCUGCAGUUAACUGGAACCAAUCAAACUGGCCUGCAGUUAACUGGAACCAAUCAAUCUCGCCUGCAGUUAACAGGAACCAAUCAAUCUGGUGUACCAUUUACUGGAACCAAUCAAUCCAGCCUGCAAUUAACAGGAACCAAUCAAUCUGGUGUACCAUUGACUGGAACCAAUCAAACUGGCCUGCAGUUAACUGGAACCAAUCAAUCUGGCCUGCAGUUAACUGGAACCAAUCAAUCUGGUGUACCAUUGACUGGAACCAAUCAAACUGGCCUGCAGUUAACUGGAACCAAUCAAUCUGGUGUACCCUUUACUGGAACCAAUCAAUCUGGCCUGCAGUUAACAGGAACCAAUCAAUCUGGUGUACCCUUUACUGGAACCAAUCAAUCUGGCCUGCAGUUAACAGGAACCAAUCAAUCUGGUGUACCAUUUCCUGGAACCAAUCAAUCUGGCCUGCAGUUAACAGGAACCAAUCAAUCCGGCCUGCAGUUAACAGGAACCAAUCAAUCUGGCCUGCAGUUAACUGGAACCAAUCAAUCUGGUGUACCCUUUACUGGAACCAAUCAAUCCGGCCUGCAAUUAACAGGAACCAAUCAAUCCGGCCUGCAGUUAACUGGAACCAAUCAAUCUGGUGUACCCUUUACUGGAACCAAUCAAUCCGGCCUGCAAUUAACAGGAACCAAUCAAUCUGGCCUGCAGUUAACUGGAACCAAUCAAUCUGGUGUACCAUUGACUGGAACCAAUCAAACUGGCCUGCAGUUAACUGGAACCAAUCAAUCUGGCUUGCAGUUAACAGGAAUCAAUCAAUCUGGUGUACCAUUUCCUGGAACCAAUCAAUCUGGCCUGCAGUUAACAGGAACGAAUCAAUCCGGCCUGCAGUUAACAGGAAUCAAUCAAUCUGGUGUACCAUUUCCUGGAACCAAUCAAUCUGGCCUGCAGUUAACCAGUCAAUCUGGACUACAGUUUGGAGUAACCAAAUCAACCAAUCCGCACUUUGGCACCAAUCGAACACCAAAUGUUAAUUUCAGUAUAAGUUCUGCAGUUUCAAGCACCUCACAGCAGGGGUCUAUCUUUAGUUUUGGUUCUCAAAGUAAACCAAGUGCAGCUUUUAGUUUUGGAUCAGGGCCCACCACUGGGGGUUCUCAACAACAAUCAAUCUUUAGUUUUGGACAGUCGAAUACUGCCCCCUCAUUGUUUGGUAACUCUCAGCAAGUACUUCCAGGGACACAAGGAAAGUUCAGCUUUAAUGCUGGGGGGUCCCAGACUGGUAUUAAUUUUGGUAAUACUGGUUCUGGACAGCAUACAAUGCCACCAGGGGAUAAAGCCACACCUCAAAAACCAUUUCUUUUUGGUGGGCAAUCCUCUAAUGCUUCUCCAUCAUUUACAUUUAACAGUUCUGCAAGUAGCCCUGCUCUUGGAUCAUUUUCAGGAGGUGCCAGCGGCACUGGGUUCUCAACUGGCUCUAGCAAAGGACCUAACGCUAGAAGAAGGACUAAUAACAGGAGGAGGUGACCUUAAUAAUUAAUUAAUUAAUUAAUAUUUUUUGAAUUAAAAGUGAUCAAUUGUUCGAGUAUGUAAUGCUUUCUUGAGAUAGUUUGACAAUUGUCUCCACAUUA